GCGUGAGCAGGGGUGCUGCUCUGCUGAACCCGGGGCUGUCCCCUCGCCCGGGCACGGCUGAGCCUCUCUGCCCCCUCCGGGGAGCCGGGGGGGAUUUAAGAGGAGAGACACCCUGUGGAAAACCGCAAUCCCGCCGCUCAGAGUUUGCAAACCUGGCUGGAGUACAGCGAUGUGCUGCCCGACUCCUUCCCCUCAGCUCCGGCGGAGACCCUCCCUCACUUUCUGCUGGAGCCACAGGAUGCCUACAUCGUGAAGAACAAGCCGGUGGAGCUCAUCUGCCGUGCCAACCCUGCCACCCAGAUCUACUUCAAGUGCAACGGGGAGUGGGUCAACCAGAACGACCACGUCACCAAGGAGAGCCUGGACGAGGUCACCGGGAUGCUGGUGCGGGAGGUGCAGAUCGAGGUCUCCCGGCAGCAGGUGGAGGAGCUCUUCGGCUUAGAAGAUUACUGGUGCCAGUGUGUGGCCUGGAGCUCCGCAGGCACCACGAAGAGCCGCAGGGCGUACGUCCGCAUAGCAUACCUACGGAAGAACUUCGACCAGGAGCCACUGGGCAAGGAGGUCCCGCUGGAGCAUGAGGUCCUGCUGCAGUGCCGCCCACCCGAAGGGGUGCCGCAGGCUGAGGUGGAAUGGCUGAGGAAUGAGGAUGUCAUCGAUCCCACCCAGGACACCAACUUCCUGAUCACCAUCGAUCACAACCUCAUCAUCAAGCAGGCCCGGCUCUUGGACACUGCUAAUUACACUUGCAUGGCCAAGAACAUCGUGGCCAAGCGCCGGAGCACCACAGCCGCUGUCAUUGUCUACGUGAAUGGUGGCUGGUCCACCUGGUCUGAGUGGUCUCCUUGCAACAACCGCUGUGGCCGGGGCUGGCAGAAGCGCACCCGGACGUGCACCAACCCUGCGCCGCUGAACGGUGGCUCCUUCUGUGAUGGGCAGCCCUUCCAGAAAAUCACCUGCACCACCCUCUGCCCAGUGGAUGGAGCAUGGACAGAGUGGAGCAAGUGGUCAGCAUGCAGCACUGAGUGCACCCACUGGCGCAGCCGUGAGUGUGCCGCCCCAGCUCCCCGCAACGGCGGCAAGGACUGCAGCGGCGUGCUCCUCGACUCCAAAAACUGCACCGAUGGGCUCUGCAUGCAGAAUAAAAGAGUUCUAAGCGAACCCAAAAGCCACCUGCUGGAGGCCACAGGUGAUGUAGCCCUGUAUGCUGGGCUGGUGGUGGCCAUUUUUGUCUUCAUCGUGAUCCUCAUGGCUGUGGGAGUGGUGGUGUACCGGAGGAGAUGCCGGGACUUUGACACGGACAUCACAGACUCAUCAGCCGCUCUCACUGGAGGCUUCCACCCUGUCAACUUCAAGACCUCCCGGCAUGAUAACCCUCAGCUGCUGCACCCCUCGAUGCAGCCGGACCUGACGGCCAGUGCAGGGGUGUACCGUGGCCCCAUGUACGCCCUGCAGGACUCCUCUGACAAGAUCCCCAUGACCAACUCCCCCCUGCUCGACCCCCUCCCCAACCUCAAGAUCAAGGUGUACAACUCCUCCUCGCCGGGGCUCCACGAUGGGACGGACCUGCUUGGGAGUGUCCCUGCCACCGGCACCUACCCAGGGGACAACACCAGGGACGGCCACUUCACAAACAUGCGGAGCAAAGCCCUGGGCUCCCAGCAUCUCCUCAGCUUGCCCCGGGAGCAUGGCAACAGUGCCAGUGGCACGUUUGGCUACCUGGGAGGAAGGCUCACCAUACCGGGCACCGGAGUGAGCCUGCUGGUGCCCCAUGGGGCCAUCCCCCAGGGGAAGUUCUACGAGAUGUACCUGGUCCUCAACAAGGCAGAGAGCACCCUCCUGCCCUCUGAAGGCACACAGACAGUGCUGAGCCCAGCGGUGACCUGCGGACCCACCGGCUUGCUCCUGUGCCGCCCCGUCGUCCUGACCAUUCCCCACUGUGCUGAUGUCAGCUCCUCGGAUUGGAUUUACCAGCUGAAAACUCAGUCCCACCAGGGCAACUGGGAGGAAGUUGUGACCCUGGAUGAAGAGACCCUCAACACUCCCUGCUACUGCCAGUUGGAAGCCAAGUCCUGCCACAUUUUGCUGGACCAGCUUGGCACCUACGUCUUUGUGGGAGAGUCCUACUCCAGGUCAGCCAUCAAGAGGCUCCAGCUGGCGAUCUUUGCCCCCACUGUUUGCACCUCACUGGAGUACAGCCUCAAGGUCUACUGCUUGGAGGACACGCCAGAUGCUCUGAAGGAGGUGCUGGAGCUGGAGCGAACACUGGGCGGGUACCUGCUGGAGGAGCCCAAGUCCCUGCCCUUCAAGGACAGCUACCACAACCUGCGUCUCUCCAUCCAUGACAUCCCCCAUGCGUUGUGGAGGAGCAAGCUGCUGGCCAAGUACCAGGAAAUCCCCUUCUAUCACAUCUGGAGCGGCAGCCAGCGAGCCCUGCACUGCACCUUCACGUUGGAGAGGUACAGCCAGGCCUCCACCGAGCUCACCUGCAAGAUCUGCGUCCGGCAGGUGGAAGGGGAAGGGCAGAUCUUCCAGCUUCAUAUCACGCUGGGAGAGCAUGCCAGCUCCUUCGACACCCUGUGCUCCCACCACAGCAGUGCCACCACCGCCCAGCUGGGACCCUAUGCCUUCAAAAUCCCCCUCUCCAUCCGGCAGAAGAUCUGCAACAGCCUGGAUGCUCCCAACUCCAGGGGAAACGACUGGAGGCUUCUCGCCCAGAAACUUUCCAUGGACCGGUAUCUGAACUACUUUGCCACCAAAGCCAGCCCCACCGGGGUGCUCCUGGACUUAUGGGAAGCCGAGCACCAAGACGACGGCGAUCUCAACACCCUGGCCAGUGCCUUAGAAGAGAUGGGCAAGAGCGAAAUGCUGGUGGUCAUGGCCACAGAGGGGGACUGCUGAUGAUGCUCCCUCCCCACAGCUGGCGGGCCGGGAGGACGAAAUGGGGGGCGAGGGGGAGACUCUUCCCUGACGGUGGAGGGAGGCACAUCCAUCCCCGGGCAGUGGUGGAGUGAGGAAGGGCCGAGGCCUUUGCUUCUCCCUCCUUCCCCGCAUCACUGUCAGCCUUAGAGACCCAUCCUCAGCGUUUACAAGCAAUUCAAGUGUUACGCAGCAUUCCUAUUCCUCCUCCUCCUCCUCCUCCUCCUCAUGGCCUGGGGAGGAAUUAGGGCUUCUCAAGUCGGGACGGGGGCUUUCCUUCUCCUUUGUUUGGGUUCCCCUCCUCCUCCUUUAAUAGCCUUUCUGCAUUGAAGGGACAAGUACAAUCUAGGCGAACAGCUUCUGUCAAAAGCUUCAGACAGCAUAACAAGGCAAAUAAGAAAGAAAAAAGGAAAAAAAAAAGUUUCUUAGGAAACGCAAAUAAUUUAUUAUCCAGAUCUUUGGAUGAGUCCUUUUUAAAAAAAAAAAAAAAAAAAAAAAAAAAAAAAGACAGAUUUAUAAAUCUUUUUUGUGUGUGUGAGAGCAAGAGCGUUGCUAUGGUCAGGGUGGCAAAGAGAGAGAUUUAAAUGAACAUGCUUUUGUAGGGAAAAGAGUGUGAUUCAAGUCAAGAAAAAUGUGUUUACAUGUCCUGGGACCCCCGGGAAGUCCGUAGGGUGAAGUGCCUCUACGCCCCUCUGGUUCAGGGCCAGCUGAGACCCUCCCCAAGAGUUUUUUCCUUGCAAACUCCCCUUUCCCUGGCAGCAAUGCCCAGUGGAGUGAGGGGUCCACCUCCUCCUUCAAGGAGAGAUGAGGGAUGCUGCCCUUCAUUUAGGGUUUGGCAGGGGAGUGUGUCCAGAUCUGGGUAUUUUUAAUGAAUUCUUCCCUGGCAUCGUUUGGGGGAGCUUUUUAGGAUGACUACGCCUUCAUUUGCAUAACUUCUGUACAAACCAAAGAUUUCAAGUCCUGCACCAACCUACCAACCUACAGGCCAAAGGAGGGAUGUUUUAAACCCACCAGGAUUUUGUAGUGAGCACUGGGCUUGGGGGUCAGAGGGAGGUGAUAAGCAGCUUGUGGAGGGGUCCGGGGAGAGUAGAGGGCUGGUGGGCCAGGAUGCAGCCCCUUGCAAACUGCAUCAUUUUUGGGAUCUUGGGUUUUGAUGCAGUAUUUCAGCAGGAAUUCGGGGAGGGAGACAUUGGUAUCUCCAAGUUGCAAGCCAGGCUGAGCAUUUUCAUGUGAGGGACAGCAUCAUAAGCAGCGAUUGGGUUUCCAUCCUCUCAUUGCAGCUCCUUUUUUUCCCCCCUGUAAUAGACUUUUUAUAAAUGAUGGAGAAGUGAGAUGAACAGAAAGUAAUCAAGGGGUAGGCAGGAGUAAGGUUCCUUACAAAGAUAUGGUGUCUAAAUGAAGGUAAAAAUUUAGAUUGCCUGCAGAUAGAAAUAGUUACUCAGUAAGUGCUCUAUCUUAGAAAUAUGUCUGUUUAAAAAAAAAAAAAAAAGUAGGGGAAGGUAAGCUCAGGAUUAGACUAGAUCACACAGCAAGGCUGUGGAUUCUCCAUCAGUGGAAGUAUUAAGAGCAGGGUCUGAGAGCAGGUCCUGUUUCAGGCUGCAAUGUGCAGUGUCCUGGCUGCGAAGCCCUGGACUGGUGUUGCAGGGUGCCUGCAGCAUCCUGAAGCGCUCUGUGGACCAGAGCAAACUCAGGGAGCCCUGCCACCAGUGAGAGCAUUGCCUUUGCAGGGUGGCUCAGGGGGAGUUUUCAGUAUUGCUCGGGCACAGAUAUGAUUUCUUUCAGCAGUUCUUGAAGCAGUGAUUGAAUAUAUAGAGCCAGUCCCUGUUGUGUUUUGGGGUCUCUUGGGUUCAUUUCUUGCUGGGUUUUCAAUGCUGUGGGAGAGGGGGGUUGUUUUUCAUUUGUGCUGGAUGGGAAGACUUCUACAGGGUGAGCUCCUGCAUCAUGUAAUGAAGGGUUUUAUCCAUCCUUUACGUUGCAUUCGAGCAUCUGAUACCUGAGACCCCAUCUCUGAGCUAAGAGGGAGUAAGCAAAUUUGGAAAGACAUUAAGAGCUGACAGACCAAACUGGCUGCUGGUGUUUUAUAGGGCUCCUUUCUCAGUGCCGCAGUGCUCUCUGUGAGAUGAGAUCCUCUGCUUUGGGGUUGCAUCUGAAUCUCUCUUGCUGUCAUUCUCACUGUCUCUGGUUCACAGAUCACUACACCAGCACACACACCUGUCUGUCCAUCCGUCCCAUCCGCAGGUGCCUCUGCCUCCAUCCCCAUCCAUCUGCAUUUGUCUUCCCCUUCCUUUUGGCGGGCAGCAGCUGCCUGGAUCCGCCAAAGUGCAUGUUUGGGGAGCUUCUCCCCUUUUUUCAGACCAGGGAACCUGCAUCAGGAGCGGGACAGGGAGGAGGCAGGGUUUGCCCCCCACCCUGGUCCUCUGAGCACCUGUGCCCAUCUUCCAUGGGUGCCAGCUCCCAGAAGCCCUUCACGCCUCCCUCCGUGACCAGAGAUUUCUCCGUCUGGGCAUUUUGGCAAAGGCAAACCCGUGGUCCGUGUCAUGCUGGCAGUGUCCAUCUCUUGCUCUGCAAUCUGUUUCCAUAUUUAUAUGUCCAGGGGAUGGGCCUGGUGGCAUCCUCUAAAAACCACAUCUGUUUAUUCUGUAAACUAAAGAACUGUAAAUAAAGUUUAGCAUUCCUAUUGUAACAAAUUAAUUUUUAUGCAAUAAAUUAUAUUUCCUAGUCUAAUAAAAAAAAAAGAGAAACAAUCUGU